AUGUCUAUCGGUCUUCUUCUCCACCCAUCGUCUCCUCCACAAAUCCCACCUCCAACCACAACCUCCACCGGACCUCCCUCAUUCUCCUCCACCGCCGGUAACCACCACCGACACAUCCUCUCCUUAUCCGAAACAUGCACAACCAUCUCUCACCUCAAACAGCUCCACGCCUACACACUCCGCACCACACUCCCCGACGAAACCGCCACUCUCUUCCUCUACGGCAGAUUCCUCCACCUCUCAUCAUCCUCCUCCUUCUCCGACGUCAGUUACACAUUCCGAAUCUUCAAUUCAAUCCAACAAGAGAACCAUACUCCAUUCAUGUGGAACACACUCAUCAGAGCAUGCGCACACGACGUCUCAAGAAAAGAAGAGGCUUUUUUACUUUACCGGAAAAUGUUAGAGAGAGGAAAGUCAUCGCCGGAUAAACACACGUUUCCGUUUUUACUGAAAGCUUGCGCUUACAUAUUCAAAUUAUCCGAAGGGAAACAGAUUCAUUGCCAGAUUCUAAAGCACGGACUUGGUAAAGAUGUGUAUGUAAACAAUAGUCUGAUUCAUCUAUACGCUUCUUGUGGAUGUUUGGAUUUAGCAAAGAAAGUGUUCGACGAAAUGCCUGAGAGAAGUCUUGUUUCUUGGAACUCGAUGAUCGACGCGCUUGUUAGAGCCGGAGAGUUUGAUUCCGCGUUGGAAAUGUUUAGAGAGACGCAAGAAUCGUUUGAGCCAGAUGGUUACACGAUGCAGAGCGUUUUGAGCGCUUGUGCCGGUUUAGGAUCUUUGUCGCUAGGUGCUUGGGCGCACGCGUUUCUGCUGCGAAAACGCGGUUUCGAGGUCGAUGUUCUGAUCAAGAACUCGUUGAUAGAGAUGUAUUGCAAAUGCGGUUCGUUGAGAAUGGCUGAGCAAGUGUUUCAAACGAUGCGGAAACGCGAUUUAGCGUCGUGGAACGCGAUUAUUCUCGGGCUUGCUACGCACGGAAGAGCAGAGGAAGCUAUGGCUUGCUUUGAACGUAUGGUGGAAAAUGUUAAACCGAACUCGGUUACGUUCGUUGCUCUUCUUAUAGCUUGCAACCACAGAGGAUUGGUGGAGAAAGGACGGUUGUAUUUUGACGUGAUGGUUAGAGAUUACGGCAUUGAACCGGCGUUGGAGCAUUACGGUUGCAUCGUGGAUCUUGUAGCUCGUGCUGGCUACGUUAGCGAAGCUAUCGACAUGGUGAUGAACAUGAAGAUGAAACCAGACGCUGUGAUUUGGAGAAGUCUUCUUGAUGCUUGUUGCAAGAACGGUGCUAGUGUUGAGCUAAGUGAGCAAAUCGCUACACAUAUCAUUGAAGAUAACCAAAGCUCCAACGGUAGCAGUGGCGCGUACGUUCUGUUGUCUAGAGUCUAUGCAUCGGCUAACAGAUGGAACGAUGUUGGAAUCGUGAGGAAGCUAAUGACUGAACAUGGGAUUCGUAAAGAGCCUGGAUGUAGCUCCAUAGAGAUAAACGGCGUCACGCACGAGUUCUUCGCCGGAGACACGUCGCAUCCACAGACUAAACAGAUAUACAAACAGCUGAGACUGAUCGAGGAGAAGCUUAGCUCCAUCGGUUACUCGCCGGACCAGUCUCAAGCACCGUUAGUCGAUAGUAGCAGAGAGAAAGAGUGUUCUCUCAGGCUGCACAGUGAGAGACUUGCGAUUGCUUUCGGUCUCUUAAACUUACCUCCACAGACUCCAAUCCGUGUAUUUAAGAACCUACGCGUCUGCAACGAUUGCCAUGAAGUUACUAAACUCAUCUCGAAGAUGUUUGACACUGAGAUCAUCGUGAGAGACCGUGUUCGUUUCCAUCAUUUCAAAGACGGAUCCUGUUCUUGCUCAGACUACUGGUAA